ACCAAGUUCUCUGUCAUCCCAUAUGCAGCCUUCAGUGCUCUCCAGAGGGGUUGCCCUGGGUUCUGGCCAUAGCCCUCCUGUCUGGCUGCUUCAUCCCUCCUCUCCCUCCUCGAGCCCAACUGCUGCUGUCACUUCAUGCCCUGCCAAGGAGGAGGGAACUGCAGUGACGGCGGGAGAGAGAGGCAGGACAGAGAGGUAUGGAGAGAGAGAGAUGUUGAGACCAGGGAACGGUGAGACCCAGAGAGAGGGCUGAGGAGCAGGGUGAGAGGUAGUGAGAGUCCACCAGAAGCGGAAACUGAAAGGAACACCAAGAGGGGGCAGAAGACAGGAGGACUUGUGGGUCACAGAGCCACUCAGCCAUGGUGGGAGCCAAGCGACACUGGCUACCAGGUCUCCUACCCAGCCCCAGGCUGCCCUCGGCCCUGAUGCUUCUGGCUCUAGGGUGCGGGUGGGCCCAAGAGGGGGCAGAGCCUGUCCUCUUGGAGGGUGAGUGCCUGGUGGUCUGUGAGCCUGGCCGGGCUGCUGCAGGGGGCCCUGGGGGAGCAGCCUUGGGAGAGGCGCCCCCCGGAAGAGUGGCAUUUGCCGCAGUCCGAAGCCACCAUCAUGAGCCAGCAGGAGAGAUCAGCAAUGGCACCGGUGGGGCCAUCUACUUCGACCAGGUCCUGGUAAAUGAGGGUGGUGGCUUUGACCGGGCCUCAGGCUCCUUCGUGGCCCCUGUCCGUGGUGUCUAUAGCUUCCGGUUCCAUGUGGUGAAGGUGUACAACCGCCAAACUGUCCAGGUGAGCCUGAUGCUGAACACAUGGCCUGUCAUCUCAGCCUUUGCCAACGACCCUGAUGUGACUCGAGAGGCAGCCACCAGCUCUGUGUUACUGCCCCUGGACCCGGGAGACCGGGUGUCCCUGCGCCUGCGUCGGGGGAACCUCCUGGGUGGCUGGAAAUAUUCAAGCUUCUCUGGCUUCCUCAUUUUCCCACUCUAAAAGUUCAAGCUUUUCAAGGACUGGAAUCUAACCCCUGACCUCUGACCUCCGCCCUCUGCCCUCUCCUGCCCAGAAGCAGCUUCUCUGGGGUAGGAGAGAGGCUCCCUCUGGCUGCCUGUAUUCUACCUUCUUGCAUGGGACCCUGUGCCUAACACCCACGGUGAAGAGUGAAGAGUAGAGCUGUGGUGUCUGGGGACCUGGCCCCUCUUACCUCCCCUCCCACCCCCUGCCUCUCACUGCAGGGUUUGUGCCUGUGGGGUUUGGCAGGUAGGGAGGUCUGUGCUACUUUGCAGACUCUGCUCUUCCUGUUCCUCCACCCCCAGCUCUCCACUCAGUGCUAUUUGGGGACAGGUGGCCCAGGUGAGCCUGACAGGCCCCCACUGGGGCCCAGAUGGACCAGCCUCAGUGUGCCCUGCAGGCUCCUUCCUGUGAGGUGUGCCAGCAUCACGGAUCUUGGCCAGCACAAUCAGAAGCUGAGCCAGCACUGUGUGGGCUAGGGCAGGAGGCUUAGGCACCAGCAGAGUGCGGGGAGGACCACAGAGCAGCCCGGAGCCUGGGGCUGGUGAGGCAGGCAGGGCAUGUGCCCAGCCUGAACGUGGUAUACGUAUUUCAUUUACAUGGGAACGGCCAACAGGCAGUGAACCUGGGUAUCCAUCUGUGCUAGGUCCCAGAUGGACUCUGGCCUUCCCCUCCCCAUCCAAGACAUGGGGUGUUAUGUGUUCGCUCUAGCCAAGAGUGGGUAUACUGAGUUUCCUUAGACAGCUGGAGGGAGGGGUAGAAAGUCACAUGUGAGCAAGUGUAGAUCUCCAGGCAUGGAAUGUGUCAAUGACAAGGCCACCUCCUAGAACUGCUCCACCUUUGUGAUCUGAACUUCAACCACUCCACACCCUGCCGGUCCCCUCCCAGCUCUCUCAGCUACCAUCACUGUACCUGUUCCAGAUGAUCCCUCAGCCUCUCUUCUUUCUCCUGAUUCGUGCUGUCUUGUCGUCCUUUCUUAAACUUCCUGUUAUCUUGGAUGCUAUGAUUCAUCCCUUCAGCCACUCUCCUGCUGGUAUUAUAAAAUCUCUCUGUCUUACCGAGCUGUCCCAUUCUCCCAGCAUGGAUGAACCUAUCAGUGAAGCAACUAGAGAAUGAUGGUCAGUGAGAAACUGCAGGAUCACUGAAGAGACAAGAUGCCAUUACAAUUUGGAUCAGGGGUUACAAGUUACAGGCAGGUAUGUUGUUGAGAAGAUAAAUGUAAGCUUGUAUAGUCAAGUCAAAUAAAAAAGGAAAUUAGUAAUGCUUGAAUUAAAUAGGAAAUACCAAUGUGAAUUUGUGGUUUUCAAAAGAAAUAACUUUUUCAAACGUUGUCACUAAAGUAGCCUAGAAACAACAUCAGGAAAAAUCUGAUAUGCAUUCUUAGCACCAGGAUCUUUGCCUCAAAUAUUAUUCACCUUUAAAAUAAC